CCUGCUGAACUGCACGAGAGCCUCCUCCGGGGAUGUGUCUGCACAUACACGAUCUUUGGCUACAUUCUCGCGCACGUUUUAAACGUCACUCCGGAGCAGUUGGGAUGUUUUCGAAUUCAUCUAAGAAGUACUAAUUGGUACCGUUUACAUUUUUUAUACUUCAAUGAAUUUAGUUAAAAUACGUAGUUUGCUAGUUUGGUUGUUGUAAGAAAUUGAAGUUACCGCCGCACCAUGCGGGACAGCCGAGAGCAAAAUACACAAGUCUUUGAAUUUGGAGGAUUUUACGAUGCGAAACAAACUCAAGCGGAGCAACACAUGUAACGGUGCUCUGUGUCCGAGCAAAGAGCACCUGCGGACCGCGGACCAGGUAACGCUGGUGUUGUCCGAGUCGAGUUUCUCCAACGAUGAGACCUCGCCAGAAAGAGAUUCAGCCUCGCUGGCAGCAAAAGACACAAAUGUUGCAGCUGCAGGCAUCUCCACCGGACAAGUUAAACCACUCCAGGAGCAGAGGAAGAAUUUUGCGCCAAAAACAUUCAAAUUGCACCAAUUUUCUUACACAAAACAAGGCAAAGUAAGAGUAAACGUAACAGUGACGUGAAGCCGGACCCGCCUGUGGAGCCGCUGCAGGACUCGGUGCUCCCUGAUGUACAGCUGGUGAAAAGUCCGCAGCGAUUAUCGUCAACAGUUUCUCACCUGACGCAGAGAAGGAGGUCCGGGAGAGGACAGCUGUCACCCUCAGCUCUGCACAGCUGCAUGGAAGAAAUCCAAAUAUCCAACCCAGCGAUAUCGGUGCGAACAGUGUUCAGCACUUUGCAGAAGAAAGCGAGUGAAAGGCUGCAGGAUUAUGGAUCCACAGAAGACAAUCUAAACUCUACCCAGAAUCACUUAACAGAGAAGAGGAAACGGGCAAAUGAAAACUCAGAGAGGGUGCCCAAACGUCUCAGGUCCAGUGUCACUGCAGAGGGGGCCGGUCACUGUCCCGUUUCAGCACAGGGUGUCCAGGAAAGUCCUGUCCCGAUGGUCAAGAAGCAGCACAGAAGCAACAAGCUAAGUCGUACUCAGCAGACUGAGGCAGCAAAGUGGGAGCCCCGCAGGCCUUGUGAACCACUGUGAGCCGUACUCUGGGUCGAUACAUCACACCGAAUCUUGCAGCCAGUCACUCCAAACCUCUGACACCCUCCAAAAAGAUUCCAGCUACGAGGAAGUUCUCUGGACAGAAAAAUACAGUCCUCAGCAUUCAAGUGAAGUCAUUGGCAACUCGGCCUCUGUGAAUAAACUGCAACGUUGGUUGAAGAAAUGGAAACUAAGAGCUGAAGGUGACGAAAGGAGAAAAAGGGAGGAGAGGAAACGAGAAGAUGACUGCAAUGGCUCAUGGGACUGUGGAGACUUCCAGGCGGAGACUGGGGCAGAGGGGGACAGUUUGCUGUGCAACACCAUGCUGAUCACCGGACCUGCAGGUGUGGGCAAGACCGCCUCAGUGUACGCCUGCGCCCAGGAGCUGGGCUUCAAGGUAUUUGAGGUGAACUGCUCCUCACAGCGCAGUGGCCGCCAUGUUCUGUCCCAGCUGAAGGAAGCUACACAGUCCCACCUAGUGGAGAUGUCUGGGAAGGACCCACCGAAACCAACUUACUUCAACAACUACAACAUCAACAGCUGCACUUCUAAAGCUGAGACUUUACCUGGAAAAACAGUGCGUCUCAAAAAUAUCACCUCUACCUCAAGAAAGAAAGCGGCACAGAACUUAUGUCCCUCCAGUCGCAAAAGAAAAGCGAAUCCAGCCACAGUCACUUUGACCAACUACUUUAAGAUGAAGGCCAAAGCAGAUCACUUGCACUUCGGCCGUCUAUCGUCAUCGGAAAAACCAGACGGCAAGAAAACGGGCUCUGACCAAACAGUGCCACAGAACAAAAAGACGGCCACGUCACUCAUUCUGUUUGAAGAGGUUGAUGUCAUAUUUGAUGAUGAUGUUGGGUUCCUUUCAGCCAUCAAGACUUUCAUGUUGACCACUAAAAGACCAGUCAUUCUGACCACCAAUGAUCCCUUAUUCAGAGAGAGAUUUAACUGCAGCUUGGAGGAAAUCAUUUUCAAAACCCCUUCAGUGGUGAACGUCUGUAGCUACCUGCUGCUGGUGGGUUUGGCUGAGAACGUGCGACUGGAGUUGGACGAUGUGAGCAGCCUCGUCAGACUGUGCAGAGGGGACGUCAGACGCUGUUUGCUGCAGCUGCAGCUCUGGGUGCACAGCGGUGGAGGACGGGCAUUUCAAAGUGGAGGGUCCCGUAAGGAGCCUACUCAUGUUCAGCACUUCUCUAGUGUUACUGAAAGAGGAGACGAUGUACACUUUCGACUUCCUCAAUCCGACCCAGGCUGCGCUGCUAGCAUGCUGGGUCUCCACCCUGUGACACAAAACCUACUGUUCAACCUUCUAAAGUGUCAGUCGUGGUCUGAAACGGACAUGAACAAGCUCCUGAGGCUCCUGGCUCAGAGCUGGAGAGGACGUGUUCCUCUUCUGUACUGCAACCUGGAGCGUCUUCUACCUGUCGGGGCCACGGGGACUUGUCCUGGGCUGCAGAGGGAGCUGGCUCACUCUGACAUCCAUCUUCACAUCAAGCAGCUCGAUGGAUGUGUCAGUAAAAAUGCGUCAACUAACCUCCGCAAAUCUGUGAGGAAUAUCUCCAGGCUUAGCAGAAAGAAAUAUAUUCCAGCAACGUGCGACACCACAUCCUCUGCUCAAAGAACAUCGUUCUCCUCAGAAAGGGCUCGUUCCAGAGCUCCUAGUUCAAGAGACAAGACUGAAGGAAAAGCAGCCCAAGUGGAGACCGACUGUUUGGAUGCCUUGACAGACUUCUUUGACCUCAUGUCGUACCUUGAUUCCACAAUGCCAGCUGCCGCAGCACCGCUCAUUUCAGGCUCAUGCCGACCUGAGGCGUUUGUCUGGACGGGAGCAGAGAUAAAGGAUGGCUUGUUGGAUGAGAUGAGCGAGGACAAGGAGGUGGGCAGGAUUUGGAGCGAGGAGAGGCUGUUGGAUAUUCAGGCUGCUGUUGAGGGCCUGGGGUGUCACAGGUGCUGUUGGCGGGUGUCUGAGGCGUGGACUGAAGCCCAACAAUGCAGACAGGAACUGGGAGACACAAGUUGGCGGAGGCUGGUGGAGAGAGUGACAUUACCGGCCUCUUCCAAAACACAGAGCCUCAGCUUUAGUUUCCCACCUCUGUGUGCACCAAGUGUGUCCAAAAGGAGGUACGAGCUGAGCAGGACGGUGCUGGGCAGUAAAUCUUUUAGCCUGCUGGGGAACAGACGAGCUGUCAGCGUGGACUACAUGCCGGUCCUCCGCUACAUCUGUCGCUCUCAGAGAGUGCAGGAACAGAAAGAGGAGCCAGUCGGCAGGCGUCUGAACUACCUCAGCAACACACACCUGUGCCUCUCAAAGGCAACCAUUCAACUCCUGGCCGAAGAUUUCUCGUAGAGAACCUCCUACUGCUUCACUUUGCUACAGUCAGCGUUUUAUUUUUCAUCUGUGCA